GCCGCCCGGGACUACAGCUCCCAUAGUGCCCGCGCCCGCCUUCUCCAAGCGCGGCGAAAGGCCUGGAAAGGACCUGGGCUCUGGCGGUGUCGUCCAGCUCCGGGCCCGGCCCGGCCCGGCGCAGGAAAUGGCAGCGCUGGGCAGAUCCUGUCAGGGCAUCCCUGCGGGUCCUGCCGUGGAGUUCCCCCAGGCUCCGGCCGCUGCCCCUGACCGCCACGGCCCGCCGGCGGCGGCGCGGGACGACCCGCAGCCCGGAGCCGUCGGCCACGACCGCCUGCAGCCGCCCAUGAUGAUAAUGGCAGGGAACGGAAACGACGGUGCCGAUGGCGGCGGCUCCUCCGGCCUGCAUCUGCAGAGCGGCUUCGACGUUGCCUCUCUGGCUGCGCUCGGAAGUUACAACGAGGGCUUGACGGUCGCCCCGGUGGGCUCCUUCACCAGCGCGGCCCACCCGCACGGCCUGCACCAGCAGCAGGGUCACAGCCAUGUCUCUGUUCGCUGUGGAAAGAAGCAUAAGCUAGAAGAAGAGGCGGAAGGUUGUCCUGUGCGGAAGAAGAGACUGACAGGAGCCAAAAAUUGCCCUUUGAAUCCCAACACUGAAGAAUGGAUUCUCUGUGCAGGUCAGCAGGCAGCUAGGGAGGUAACAAGUCAGUAUGGUGGCAGCGGUCCUGAAACUGCCAUGUUAGAAAUUCCCUGUGAAGAAAUGGAUCAGACAAUGGGGGAACAGCAAUGCGAGGUUGCUCGCAGGAAGCUUCAGGAAAUUGAGGACAGGAUAAUUGAUGAAGAUGAGGAAGUUCAUGCUGAUGGAAAUGUUAGCAAUCUGCCCACUCUUAUCCUGUCAGAUACCCUUAAAAAAGGGAUGAAGAGGGAUUUUGGUGAAGUCCUGACAAAGAAAAUAAUAGAAUCUAUGAGCCGUCCUUCUAUGGAGCUGGUGCUUUGGAAACCUCUUCCGGAAUUUCUCACAGAUAAACUGAAGUCUGUUUCUGUUAAGAACUUCAAGCAGCAGAGCACAGAAGGGUGUCAAGCUAAGCAGUCAACACCAAGAGCUGCUUUUGACCCACAGACUGAAACAUUCCCUGAAUCACAACAGACUGCCAUGUCUCCAGAUCCAUAUGCUAGUUUGGGAAUCUCUGGGUGUGCAGAAGAAGAAAUGGAGUUGUAGAUGCCAGAUUUUAGUCUGAAAGUGGUGAGCUUCUGCUGUUUUUUGUUGCUGGUUUUUGAUUCCCUCUUUCUCUCUGGUUUGAUGUGUGAAUCCGAAGUUUUAUUAUUUGUUUUUGGUUUUCCUACUAACAAUCAUAAGAACGUGGAUUGGCCAGACACAACUUAAGGAAACUGAAAAAAAUCCAAGAUUUCUGUACUCCAUUCUGUUAAAUAUUCUUGUUUUUACUGAGAAGGUAAUCCAGAGGCCUUUGGAACAAUGAAGUAGAUUUCCAUCUUGCUUAAUGGUGAAAUAUCCUCUUAAUUGUCCUUGGUAAAGUGUAAAAUCCAAAUAUUGGAUGUAACUGUGGCUCAAGGCACAUCUUUCACUUAGUGAGCCGUUAAGACUUUGGUGCACAUACUAUGCUUGGUCAGUUAGUUUAAUUUGAAUUACAAAAAGGUAUGGAAAGGAAAAAAUACUUUUGAGUCUAGUCACGGAUAGAAAAGCAAUCCCUAUAGAAAUACAGCUUUUCACACUUGUUUCAGCUGUGGUGGUUUGUACUCGAUGUAAACUCAAAUGUCAAAAUUAUACAUUCUGCAGUGUGGUAGGGAAGGAAUGUUAUAGCUGAGCAUAAGCCUCUUGCUUUGUAGAAAGUAAAACCAGCUACUAACUUGCAAGAUACCUACUAACUUUAGUCAUCUUUGGUUCAUUGGCUCCUAAAUUGUGUUUGCGGGUUUUUGAUGCCCCCCUCCCCAAAUGAUGCAAAGUCUGGAGAAAAGUGGUUCUCAGCCAAUUGAUGCACAUUUUACAUUGUGCUGUGAUUCUUUGUAUGCAUCGAGUUGGAAAGUCAGUUGAAGACAGUGUAACUUUUGAUUAAUAAAUGGCAUCCUUUAAUUUUGAUAAACAUGGUAUGUAAAUCAGAUAACAGGGAGCUGAUUUCUGGCGUAAAGAGGGUCAAAUGCUGAUUAUCAUCUGUAACCACGUCCCGGACUUCGAGACUGCUGGCACUGGUGGUGAAGUAAAGAAGAUGCUUGUCUUCUUCCUGAGGGAAUCUAGACUUAAAAUUUAAGCCAGAACAUGUGCCAUUAACAUAACGUCACAUCGUUUAUACAGAUUUAUGCCAAAAGAAUUUGGUACCCUGCUUAGGGUGUCAAGAAAAGAAAUCCUCAGUGAGUUACUGCUUGUACCUUUCCUCAAUGCACAACAGUUCCAUUAUGCUUAAAACCCUUAAACGAGGCAGAGAAUCUUACCUUCUGUUCUUAAGUCCUUGAGCUUUCUCAGAGAUCUCUGAAUUGAGGCUUUUCGUAAGAAAUUCCUUUCCAAGUGAUAGGUUCUGUUCAGAGUCUUAGCAUCCCAGUCUGGUUUUGACAUCUUGCUAACAUAAAGGAGCAAGUACACAGUAAUGCAGCUGUUUGCAUAAGAAAAAUUUACUCUUCCUUUGCACAGCUAAAUGAUAAUCUUUGUGAUGAUAUUUUUUACUGUUGAAUACCCCAUAGUCGAUACUUUAAAAUCAAGCUUCUCUUUUUGCAGUCAUGCUUUCUUUUCUUUUGGCUGACAGCAGAAGCUUUGUUCAACCGAUACCCCUAUUUGUUAAAUCCUGUCUAUCUUGCUGCUCUUGUCGAAGGUUGUGUGAAAUUUGCUGUCUCUUGCUGAAACAUUUCAGAGCUUCACUAAAAACAUUCCAACAUUUGAAUAGGUAUUGCUCUGGAAACCAGUGUAUAACUUUACCAUUCUGGAACUUUUAUUAAAUUGGAGAACGUGUGCGGCUUUAUCUUGCUAUUAUGUCUAAUUUCAUUUCAGGGUCUGCUAUAAAUCUCUUGCAUGUACUGCGUAAAAUUUCUCAUGUGUUAUUAAGCUGCUGAACGUGCUUAAAAUCUAUAGCCUUUGACAUGCUACAUUGCUUGAGUAUAAAGUAAAGCAGUGCAGUUUGGAGAAGGCUGUAGUCACUGCUGGUAGAAAAUGUGGUGCCUCCAAAUAAUUACCUGUUUUUAAGCUUGCAGGAUUAUAGUGAAAGUUCAAGGUUGGAACUGUUUUAGCUGAUAGCUCUGAAUCCUAAAUAAACAGAAAAGAAAGGAUAAAAAAUACAAAAAUUUGAUGAAACCAUCUCAGCAACACUAGAACUGCGACAGAGGAUGUAGAAAACUGCGGGAGGCCUAAAUACAUCAAAUCUAGAUGCAGGGUUUUGCCUUUUAAAAAUGACAAAUUGCAUAUCAAAUUUGCAGAGGAGGAAAUUUUUGUAGAUAGCUUUUAAGCAUACUUUUUUCCUGUUAUGUUUGUACCAAAGGUUGACUUUCAGAGAUGUAUUUCCUCUUAAUCGUUUGAUGCUAAUAUGGCAUCACUGACCCCUGUUAUUCUGCCAUCUGAAACAAGAAUAUAGUGGUGGACUAUUGACAAAGACCAUGAGAUGGGAAAAAACUGUGUCCAAGAAAUUUGCUUUGGUAGAAAACAUUUAUUUUAAUUUUUUCAUACUUAAUUUCUGCCCUUGUGAUAGGAGAGAACAGGGUUGAAUCGCUUAAAUUGAUGGGGGCGGAGAAGAGUGGGGUAGAGCAGGAGUCAAGUAUCUAGGAGGACUGAGCAAGAUUCUUGCUAUAGCAAUCAUUUGGAGAGGGUAAGAGAGAACAAGCUACUGGGUGUUCUCAAACUUCUGUAUUUGUAACAGUUUCAUUUGUUGUUGGCUUCCUUAAGACUUCUGCUAAUGCUGUUUACAAGCGGGAUGGCAAAUGUGAUGCAGUAUUAGGAAAAACUUUAUUUUGAAAUAUGGAAGAUCUGAUUCUGGUCUGUGUUCUCUUGGGACCAAAUCGCCCUUUGUAUGUCAGUUUUCAAUAAAUUUUCUAAAAUAUUUUUUAGAUGGCUGUGUUUCAUUCCUAAUAAAAGUGAAAACCUUGA